GGGACAAAAUUCAAACAUUCGAACAAGCUGAUGGCGAUAGCACAAGUUUGUUUACAUUUAUAAUUUUGUACCUAGCAUUGCAUUUACAAUUGGAACGUGGAAAAAAACGUCAAGUCCUAUUAGGAGAGGAAAGUUCUGGAAUUGACUGUUGACUUUUAUGAUAUGUGUGUGUGAUUUUUAUUAGAAACACAUUCGUACACAGCCAGCUGUACCAAAGCAACAUCCACUCGGUGUUUUCUAAAAAAUCGUAAAAAUGUUGAACGCACGGAAGCAGAAGACCUCUCAGCAGAAUGGCGAUGUUAAAAAGGGGAAAUCAGUCGCUAAAAUCCAUCAUGAUGCAGUUUCACAAGCCCAGGUGGGAGGUUUCAAAAGGCAUGAUGACACUACCCAAAAGAGGAGGGCAGCAUUUGGAGAUAUAACAAAUGCCUUGAAUGAAAAGACACAGCAACAGAAAAAGGAUUUGAAGAAAUCAAAACUCCCACUGAAAGCUGUUGUGGAAACAACAAGUAAACCAGUUCGACCACCAAAAGCGACGAAAGAGCCGAAGCAGAAGAUACGCCCAGAGAAAAAGAGGCAAAGGCAAUCAAAGGAUGUUUUGGAGCUUGAUGAAAAUGUUAUCCAGUUGUCACAGGAAAGUCGAUCUCUCACCAGUUCACAAGAAUCCACAUGCUCCUCCUAUACCAGUUCACAAGAAUCCACAAGCUCCUCAAGCUCUCUAUCCUCAAGUCUUUCAUCAUCAAAAGUCAGUCUUGACGAUAUAGAAGUUUUGAAUGAAACGUACACUAAAGAAGAAGUUCUUGCUGCCCCUCCAGAUGGAGUGGAUGAUGUGGACAAGGAGAACAUGACAGAUAUUGCCCAGGUUGCCCUUUAUGCCUCUUUCAUCUUUGAGUACUACAAGGAAAGGGAGUUGAAAUUCAUGGUACCUACAUACAUGGAAAAGCAGACAUCCUUGACGACCAAUAUGAGGGCUAUACUGGUUGACUGGCUGGUGGAAGUCCAAGAGAACUUUGAGCUCAACCAUGAAACGCUUUACCUAGCUGUGAAGUUGGUGGACUUGUACCUCACAACCAAGAAUGUGUCUAAGGAACGACUACAGCUGGUUGGGGCUGCAGCUCUCUUCAUCUCAUGUAAAUUUGAUGAGAGAUGCCCUCCCAUGGUAGCUGACUUCCUGUACAUCUGUGACGAUGCCUACACUAAGAACGACUUCCUUGCCAUGGAGCGUUCUGUCUUGAAGACAAUUGGCUUUGACAUUGGGAUGCCACUGUCUUACAGAUUCCUUCGCAGAUAUGCCAAGUGUGCCCGGGCUUCCAUGGAGACUUUGACACUGGCUCGAUACGUUCUGGAGAUGUCACUCAUGGAGUAUGACUUUCUGAAGUACCGUGAAUCUGAGAUGGCAUCUGCCUGUUUAUGUCUGGCAUUCAGGAUGAAGAAGUGUGGCGAUUGGAACAGGACUCUGGAGUACUACACCGGCUAUCAGACUGAACAACUGCUCCCCUUGAUGCAGGAACUGAACACCAUGUUAGCGUCUCCCUCUCGACAACUCACAACCAUCAAGUCGAAAUACUCACACAGGGUAUUUUAUGAAGUUGCAAAGCUGCCGACCUUGAAAAGUGAUGAGCUGACGAGUUGAGAAGAGUUGUGAUACAGGAUUGUAAUGUGUUUUGUGACUGUUUUGGAUGAUGACUGUGUGAAGAAAAGAAAGAGUUGUGUUGAAAAUGUGUGUAAAUAGCAUUUGUAUGAGUGUGAAGCAUAUCACUAUUUAUAAUCAUGAUGUCUACAUGUGUUCAAUGAACAAAACCCAAAUCAACAUUUAAGAGAAAAUCUACCAGGAAUAGGAAGAAUGCUACUUGUUAAGUUACAAAGGAGAAUUGUCCAAGUCUUCAUUCUCAAACAUACUCAAUGAUUAAGGUUUACUUUUUAAGAUUUUAUGCAAGAAUGUAUUAUCAUUGGUUCACUUGUUAGAACUAUGAACAUUUAGCUGUGUCCCUUUUAGAGCAGAAAUCCCCAACUGUGAGGUUUAUUAGUUUGUUCUAGGAGAUCUUGCUGUGUGGAUAGACUAUCAACAUUUCACAAACUUAUCAUGGAGAUUUAUCUGAAGUGCAGUAAAUCAUUGAGUUAUUGACUUGUAAAUCUCCUCAUGAACGUUGUGUGAAUUUUAUUGUAUAGUUAUAAUUGCUUCACUCAUCACCUUUCUCAGGAAAGUGGUUGAGUGAAUCGUCAUUCUGUUGUAUUUCUUGGGUGUAAUUUUGUCAAAUAUUGCAGAUCAUAGUGCCACUUAUAAUAAAUCAUGAAUUGCUCUUACCUAAUUUGAUUUGUUUUAAUUUGAGCUUUGAUAUUUUACCCAGAAUUAUUUCGUUGCGGUAAAUUUUGAGUUUUUUGUCUGGCGUGAAGCAGAACAUUAAUCAUGAACUCUUGGAAAAAAAUGAUGGAAUAGAUUAAAUUGUAUAGGGUUAAUAGAAUCAUGAGUCUGUUACUAUUAAAUUCUGAGAUUUUAGAAACUUAACAAGUGAAACAUUUUUAAACAUUUUAAUUUUUUGAUACAAAUUUAUCUAUUCUUAAUCCUUUUAUAAAGUGAUUUAUAUAUUCCAUCACAUGUUACUGUACUAUGACUGUCAUAUCAAGCCUCGCUGUGUUAAGGAUUACACAGUUUGGCCUGGUAUGAUUCUCAUAUACUUUUCAACAAUACAACAGGACAGUAUGCAUGGAUCUAGACCUGUCUUUUGUCUGAUGUCAGAGCAACACAUAUAACAACAUGACAUUUUUGUAAACCCCCAGUAAAUAUACACGGUAGGUGAAACAGGGUUCCUAAAUGUUUUGUAAAGUUCUUUAAAUAUUUUUAAGAGAAACAAAAUGAUGAUUUAUAUUUUGUGUGGAAACCAUUAACUCUUGAUAUAUAUUUAAAGGAAUUGAACUGAAAAUGCAGUGGAAAAAUUGUCAAUAAUUAUCAUAUAGUGUAUAUGUGUUGACAUUAACAAGCUGAAAGUAUAAAGUGUGAGUUUGUGUGAUUAUGUAAGAACUGAUCAAAGCUGAGUGCCAUAUUUCCUAAAAUCUAUGAGUAGAUCUUAGAAUGCAGAUUUGUUUAGGUGUUAUUUCAAGCAUAAAAUAUUUGAUGGCAAAUAGCAAAUGUAAAUAACAUAGCCGAAAAAAUAUCAAUUGCUAUAUAAUUUCACUGAAGUUGCUUUCUAUUGUUUCAACUUGGCUUGGACUAUAUAAAAUUACUGACUGUAGAUUUAUGGUUUUUGAAUACAGUUAUAAAGGUCACUUUUUUCACAAUUUUUUUUCCAAAAACCUUCAAUUUAUUGCUUGCUGACAUUUGUAUACAGAUUGCAAUAAGAUCUUUCUCAGAUAUCUACAUAGACUAUAAUGAUAUCAUUCUCCCUGUUAAAUAUUUGUUGAUCGAUUCAAAAGCAGAAAGGUAACUCUUUAAUUAUCCAAUACAAGUAUAUCAUUUGUAUGGUUAAUAAGAAGGCAACCUUUUACUGAUAAUCAUAUACCAUUUGUAUAUUAAAUCACAAUAUUUUACCAGCUUGAUAACAUGUUCCUAGUCUUAGAUGUUAAAAUGUACAUAGGUAAUAGACUUUGUAAAUAAUUAGAGUAGUUAAUCAAAAUGCUGCAAGGAGUGUAAGUGGUCAAAACAGUAUACGCAUAUAGAUGUGAACUUACCCUUGAUAAUAUUGAUAACUCCUAAAUGAAACACAUUUUGGGAGUGCAAAGUAUGUAGGAAAAGACAAAAUGGAUUCCACUUAACCUACAUUCCUUACUAAUGUCUUUGUCUCCAUUUUGAAAUGAGGGUGUUUGUUGGUCCUUAAAUACAGUCUGGUCUUGAACCAUAACUUUAUCAAGAUACCUUGACAAAACUAGUGCACUGGAUUGAGGUCAUUGCUAACUUGACCUUGAUGUAAGAGGUCAAAUAGCUGCAAAUAUUUUGAUACAAUUCUGACUUAUAAGGUUUUGCUUUUUAAUUUCACUAUCGCUACAUACUUUUAUAAUGUGGCUAAAUUAAUUCUAGAUAUGCACAUUUAAAGUCUAUAUUGCAGUCUAUGUAUGACUUUGCAAUGUUGCAUUUGAGCAAGUUUUACAUACCUACUUGCCUAAAUAGUUUUGGAACCAAAACCAGACACACAACACAUAUUUUGUCAGGGUUAUGAUAAUGAAUGUGCAAUGUGUCUUGUGAGAGUAUGUGUGAGGUCAUCAAUUGUGAGUGUUCUUGUUUGUGGUGUUUUGCCAUGUAAGAAUGGGAGUGGACGUUCGCCUGAAUCAGUGUGUGGAGUCUCGCUUGUGGUUGUUUGUGAAGUGUUGAUGAAAAAAUGGAGAAACAGUUCAUUUCAUCUGUUAACCAGUGGUGUGUUUGGACAUGACAGAAGAGUUUAUAAGUCUGCCAUAGACAAAUGGAAAACCAGGACAUUUUCUUUUCAAACUAGUGGUGUGUUUCGACAUGGCAGUGUGUUGGCAGUAUGUAGUUAAUUACCAGCAAAUAAGUAUGAGAGGUAGAGUUUUAAAGAGUGAUGUGUCUUAGAAGAAGCAAGUAUUUUCACCUGAGCCAUUGACAUGUGAGUAUGUAGUAUAAGAACUCGAGACAUGUGAGUAUGUAGUAUAAGAACUCGAGACAUGCGAGAAUGUAGUAUAAGGACUCGAGACAUGCGAGUAUGUAGUAUAAGGACUCGAGACAUGCGAGUAUGUAGUAUAAGAACUCGAGACAUGCGAGUAUGUAGUAUAAGAACUCGAGACAUGCGAGUAUGUAGUAUAAGAACUCGAGACAUGCGAGUAUGUAGUAUAAGGACUCGAGACAUGCGAGUAUGUAGUAUAAGAACUCGAGACAUGUGAGUAUGUAGUAUAAGAACUCGAGACAUGCGAGUAUGUAGUAUAAGAACUCGAGACAUGCGAGUAUGUAGUAUAAGAACUCGAGACAUGUGAGUAUGUAGUAUAAGGACUCAACACCUGUGUAUAUCAGAAGAGAACCCACAAAUUUCGAAGAAUAAUGAUUCAUGAUUAACCGUAUUUCUCAUAAAUGGUUGAGGGAAGGUUGAUAGUUUCAGAUACUAUAUCAUAGAAAUUUUGAAUGAACUUUGCAUUCUGUUUGUCACUUCCAAAAAUCUUUCCUACAACAUAUUAUUUCCCAAACUUCCUCCAUACAGUUCAAUUUAUAAUCUGUAUAUUGAAAUGGAAGAAUGUUUAACUAUCCUUUCUCUGUGUCCUUCUCUUUUCCUGUCUUCAUCUUCUCCUUUGCCUUUCUCUCAUUCCUUGUUGUCACAGUCCCACUAAAAUCAAAACUUUCGAUUUUUCCUUGAUAACUAAUCUACUCAGAAAUGCAAACUCAUUAAUUCAAAGGAAAAUAUAUAUAAAAAAAAAAAUUGGCAUUCUACAUUUGUGUAUAUGUCAAAAGAUGAUAUCCAACAAUCUGCUAAAAUAACUCUUUUGGCUAGGAAGAGAGGUGGUCUCAAAUCUGCCAAGCAAGUGAAAAUUAUUUUUGAAAAUGUUUUUAAAUAUUGUUUGCAAUAUGUACAAGAACUUCUAUUUUUAUAACUUUAGAUCUUUUAUCAGUAAAUUUAUUAUGCGCUACAUUUGAUAUCUAUUAAUUUUAAGUGUUUUCAGCACCUGAAAACAUUUCUGUACUGUUUUACUUGAAGCAUUUUUUCCAAAUGGUCAUCAACAUUUUCAGCAUGUUCUAUCCUGUAACACAGGUACUAUUUUAUUGUGACUUCUGUCAUGGCAUUUAAUGAAUAUACCUUGUGUUUUUUAAAUAAAUGUCUUUAUUAUGAUUAUGAAGAAUAUUUAAAAAUAAAAAUGUUUUGAAUAAUAAAUUCUUGUUUUGGAUACUAA